UAUCGUCCGGUUCAAUCAAGAGAAGAGACCAACUGAAGACAGCUGACUGACUGAUAAAGACUUUAAGACAAGUUUAAAUUAAAAUACCCCACUGUUUGAUAAAUUUUCUAGAACUAGAUCUAGAAUCUAGAUUUAGAAUCUAGUAUGGCAUUCCCACGUGCCAAGCUGGUGCGUUUUAAUGAGGCAAAUGCUUGCACACCUGGAGUUGGAGAGUAUGAUGUUGGACGUGAUCCCAAACACAAUGAGUUCAAAGACCCAAAUCGCACAGUCUUGGACAAGACAAAAGCCAUGGCAAAGUUGGAAGCAAGCAGCAAACGUCUGCGUGACAAAGGAAUUAUCGCAUCUGUGAGAGGUGAGCUCUCCAAGCAUGUUGAAGAGUUGCACCAGCGGCUGAGAACGGCUGAAGAAAAACUCAUAGACAUGGAAAUCUUGAAACUUGGUGCCGACAAGAGUAGGGACAUGUUGCAGAAAGAUCUCAGCGAAAAGCAAACGGAGCUGUCCUCACUGACAAACACUGUUACUGAGCUCAAUCAGCAGAAGCAGCAGCUUGAAGUAUGUGAAGCAGAUGCGGUAUGUCUUAGGGAGAAGCUUGCUCUGUGCCUGGCAGAGAAAGAGGAAUGCGAAAAGAAACUCACAGAAGCGCAAAAGAAAAUUAAAGUCCUCGAAAUUGAGAGAGACUCGCUGGUGAAAGAAAAGGGUGUACUUGUGGAACAAAUGCAGCAAAGCGAGAAGAUGCUGGAGGAACUUAAGACACAAUCUGAGGCCGCUAAUGCGGAAAAGCAAACAUUUGUUGUCCAACAACAGGAUUUGUGUAGCCAGAUGAAACAGUUUAAGGAAGCCCACUCAAAACUACAGGAGAAACUGUUUUGCUUCAGUGCAGAAAAACUGGAAAUUCAGAAUCAGUUUAUUGAGUUCAAACAACUGAAUGAAAAGCUAGAAUCAGAAAAGACUGUCUUGAUUCAGAACAUGGAGGAGGUACAAAGAGAAAGAGACAAUGCCGAGACAGAAAAACUCUCUCUUGAAGAACAGUUACUAGAAAACUCCAGCAAGGUGGAAGAACUUGGUUUGCGUAUGGAAACUGUGACGUCAGAGAGGGAAAAUGUAAUGAAGGAACGAAAUGAACUCGAGCUGAAAGUGAACCAAAGUCAAGAAGUCUGCGCUGGUCUUGAAGAGCAACUGAGUAGCCUGAGGGGGGAGAAGCUAGCAAUAGAGGGUAGACUGUCUCAACUUGGGGAGGCUCAUGAGCAGCUGACCUCGGAGAGAGAUGGUUUGCUUCAAAAGAUAACAGAGAUUGAAAGUGACCGAGACAGUUUGAUAAAAGAAAGAAAUGAACUAGUAACACAGAGGGAAGAGAAUGCCAGUAAAAUGGAUGAUCGGAUAUCACAGCUGCAGGCCGGGGCAGACGAAGAAAAAACGUUGUUGUUGGGAGAACGUGACAACCUUGUUCAUCAGCUGAAGAUGAGUGAAGAGCAGAAAUCCUGUCUGGAAGAGAAGCUGUCUUGUUACUUGUCAGCAAAACAGGAGAUAGAGAGAGACUUGGAAGAGCUGCGGGAGGAGGAGGAGAAUCUGCAGAGAGAUCUGGAGGAGCACAAGGCUCUCAGUACAAGUUAUCAACACCAAGUGGCUGCCAUGCAAGACCAAAUUGAUUCAUUGGAGCAGUGCUAUACCUCAUUGCAGGAGGAAAUGGUGAUGCACACUGACAAGUAUGAAGAGAUCAUUGAAGAGCAAACUUCUGCUCUGCAGCUUCAGUUGGACCAGAUUAAUGACGAAAAGGAAAAGUUGAUUGUAGAAGUGCAUACGUUAGAAGAGCUCAAAUUUUGUUUAGAGGAGGAAAAGCGAAAGCUACAAGACGAUAUGGAUAAAAAAGUAACUGAUUUUAGUGAGCAGGUUGAAGAGUUGAAAAACAAGCAAAUACAGUCAGAAGCUAGAGAAUCGGCAGCAUUUACUGAGCAUAAAGCUGAGGUGGAGAAGCUGCAAGAAGAGCAUGAUCAAGGCAGGAAACAAUUUCAAGAAGAUAUGGAAAAGAGGGUGGCAGGUUUAGCUGAGCAGAUUCGAGAGUUGGACUCUCAAAAGCUGGAGUGGGAAACAAAAGAAGCCGCAACUUUGUCUGAUCAUAAGGCACAGGUGAACAAAUUGAGGGAAGAGCAUGCUCUCCAACUUAACCAGUUACGUGAAGAUAUGGAAAAGAAGGUGACCGAUUCUUUUGAGCAAAUUAAAGAACUGAGAAGCCAGAAACUGGAGUCCGAAGCAAGAGAAACAGCCGCAGUGUCCAACCAUAGAGCAGAGUUGGAAAAGCUGAAGCAAGAACACAGUCAGCAAGUAGUGCAAGCAAUUGAAGAGCAGACCAAAAUGUUUGAGGAAGAGAAGAGGAAAUGUCUGUCUGAGCAGGAGCAACGCUUUCAGGAGAAGCUGACAGCUCGUUUACGUGAGAAGGAGAUAUGUGUUCGCGCCGAACUGCUGCAAGAAUUUGACAGUGAGCGGACUCAGCAGAAGAGAAGCCAUGACGAGAAGGUGGAGUUGAUGCGCAAGUCAUUUGAGGACAAGUUGAAACUUGUAGAGAGCGAGACUACGGAGAGGUGUUCCAGAGAGCUCCAAGAGAAGGUGAAGUCUGAUGAGGAGCUGCUGCAGUGUUUUGAUGACAGGGUACAGGAGCAGGAAGCCCAGAUUGAAAGGUUAUUGGCAGAUAAAGAACAGGUGGAGAACGAACUGAACAAGUUAAGGGAAUACACAGAAUGGGAGAGGGGUGACCUCAAUCGGAUAAUUGCUGAGAUGUCAGACAAGAUUCAGGAGAUGGAGGCUGACAGUGAUGCUGAGAAUGAGGCGGAGAGUGAUGCUGAGUCCUGGAAGGCCAAGUAUGAGGAUCUGGUGCUGAGAAUGGAGCCUUUCAGAGAGAUUCUGGAUGGGUUUGAGAUGGAAAGGAAACUCUUGCAAGAUCGAGACAAGUUCACCAGUGAGCAGAUUGAUCGACUCACCAAGGAGUGUAUCACCAACAUGGGCCACCAGAAUCACAAGCAGAAAGUGAAAUAUGUGAAUAAGCUCAAACAGGAGAAUGUGGAUCUGCAAAAGAGGUGCCAUGAAACUCAAGAGGAGCUGUGCAGACAGAAUGCCCUGGUGAAGAAGUACAAGGAAAGGUUGGACAGGCUGGAAGGCACCACUGGGAAAGUGAUGGAUGGGAAAAAGGUUAAGGUGCCCCCAAAGACACCUUUAAAGGAGGGCAACCGAUGACGCAGCAUGCAAAUUCCUGCUUGAAAGUGAAAGGAUAGCAAAAGAAUACACCUUCCAUUCCAUAGCAUGAGUUGCUCUUCCGAUUUGGGCUCCUUUCUUGAAAAUGUUCCGGUGGUCUUCUAUAAUACAGCACUCCAGACUUGGAUUGAACAAUGUUUUCGCCUUCUGAACAGGGGGUUUGAAAGCUUUUAUACUGUACAUAUUAAAAUGACGAAUGUAAACUGUUUGAAUGUUGGCAUAUCAUGAGUAUUGGAAAUUGUUGUUGUUUUAGCAUUUUUUUUUUUUCUUUGUCAUCAUAGCUAAAAUCUGUGGAGUUGUCUGAGAGGUGAGUAUUUUUUUUUUGGUUGUUUGUUCUUUUAUCCUUGAUUCGAAAGAAUUUAACUGGCAUUAGUAGUUAUGUUUCUAUCAAUGUGGCAGCAUUUUUAUCUGUUGCAUGUCAUGCAACCACCGAAGAAGUCAAUUUUUGUAUCCAUGGAAGUUAUUGUAAUAAUAGUGUACAUUUUGAGAGAUUGAGAGAGUAGUUUGUUUGGGUGUGUUCUUGUGUGUUUUUCUCUUGACCUCAUUAAUUACUUAUUACAGCACAAUACAGAUUUGAGAGAGUGACAGAAGGAAAGAGAAGGAAGGGAGAGAGAUAAAGAGUGGGGGUUUAGUAAGAAAGCAGAAAGAUGAAACCAGAUAAUAUUUGUGAGAGAGAGACACACACUGAUAGAUAAACAGGAUGAAGGAGAAGGGGCAGUGUGAAAAUAUUGAAGGAGGAAGAGUAAGAGAAGAGAAAAGCGGAGUGGAUACAAUAUAAACGGGAAAAAACGAGCCAGAGUAGACAAGGAAGGAAAAAGAGAGAGGAAUGGGGAUAAAGAGAUAGAUUGACAAAUACAUUAUUUAAUCUAUGAAGGGAUCCAUGGAAAAAUGUAUUACAUGCUGAAUUCGUAAAGAUUAAAGAGUUUUCCCCAUGAUAACUAGCCUUUCACAGACUUUAUCAAAUACAGUAUUGUGUUCGUUGCAAAAUGUGCUCAAACCUGUUGUAAAGGAUCCAAAUUUUGGGGUUGUGUUUUUUUUCUUUAUUUCAAAAUGCAAAGUUUGCCUUCCAGUUUUCAGGGGUAAAAUAUGUGAUAUCCCUUAAUCCAAUCAUAGCCCUUCUUUCCAGAAACAUCUGGGCAUACCUUUGGCUUUGUUUAUGUCAGCCAUUACAAAGAAAUCUUUUUUCACCAAGCAGAAACAAAAUAAUUUUAAGUUACCCAACAGUGCAAGGGUUGAUAAUAGCUUUGAAGAAGUAAUAAUUAUUACGUAUAUAUUUUUUUUUUAAAAAGGAAAGCUCAAUUUUUUCUGGUAAACUUUUUGUUAUCAGUUUGUGUGAGUAGGUAUAAACCUAUAUUCCAAUCAGUAACUGUUUCGGCUCCUGUGAAUGUAUUGCUAUCCCUUUAUUAUGUGUAUUUGUGAAGGUAUGGUUUUAUAAACAUGUGUUUGAGAGGUUACGGUUCUAAUAUUUUAGUUAGUUUGAGUGAAGAUGACUAUUAUUUGUAUGAUUGAGCGCGUAUGAGAUUUAUGAGGUGAGAAUAUGCACUAUUUUUGUUCAGCGUAUGUGUGUGACAAAAAAUGUAUACAUAGGUGGUUGGCGGUGCUCUGGUGGGGUUUGCUCCUUUCCUAUCAAACAUUUGUCAUCUUUAUCUCUCCUUUUUUGAGUUUGUUAAUCUCUUGUAACACCUCUCAUCUUCGGCGCUUAUAUGACCUACUUGUACUGCAAGUGCUGUCAAAUGCUUACUCAAACAUAAAACAAACAAAAAAAUGUACCCAUAGUUCACUCUCAUGGUAUUGUUGAAGAGUGACACCUUUUUAAUUUCUUUUUUGUGCUAUCAUUAAAUCAUGUGUCUUUUUUUUUUCUUCUUUUGUUCUCAAUGUUCAUUAAUGUAUCAUUUUCUUGGUUAUUGAGAUACAUAUUAUAGAUACAUAAAUUAUUAUGCAAUCUCUUGUGGUGAUUAACUCAAUAAAUGCUCAAAGCUGCUGGAUGCAUCACCCAGUAUGUCCCAAUAUAAUAAUAAGUGCUCAAAGCUGCACACUAUAUCAUUGAAGAAAUAUUGGAUGCGAUAUAAUGCAAAGAUGUAGUCCACCCUCACGAAGAGUUGAAUUCUGAUUUCUCCCACAUCAGCUACACUUUUGCCAAGGGGCAAGAACUAGGUAUUCACAUUAUAUCGCGUCCAUGAUUUCAAGGACACAGUGUGAGGCUCAUUCCAUGCUGGGAUGUAAUUUAAAAACAUAAGGGUGUAGACUGUUGUUUAGAUAAAUGGGUGUUAUUUCGUUUUUUUGGUCUUUUCUCUUCAAAUUUUCAAAGGCUACUUUUGAACGGGUUAGAUAAUGCCACUAGAUAUAAUUCAUAGCUUGUUAGAUUAUUUAUGUAUUUUGGGGAAGAAAAAGAUUCAAUAUGAUUUAUUCUAUAUUUUGGGAUAUUUGAACACAUUUUUUUGUGAAGAAAACAUUUCCUGGCUGCAUAUGAUUUCGGAACAUGAAAUAUAAUUUAAUACAUGUAUAAAGAUAUUUUGCUGACCAAAAACAUGUUUUAUAAAAAUUGAUUAAUUUUGUAGUAUUUUAGUGUAUGAUACAUUCACAAACACGGGUAACUCGAAUUUUUUGGGGAUUGGAAAUCAUGUUCGAGAUUUCCAUAAUUCGUCAUGUCCUGAAAGUGAAAGCCCCAUCUGUGUACUUAUUCCCUGAUAUGUCUGAUCUAGAUAAGAUACUUUUUUUGUGUAACACCCUUGAUAAAAAUUUAGUCAAAAGAGGAACCUCAACGGACUGAUCUAAACCCCAUGCACUAAAAGAGUUAAUUAAGAGGAAUAUUUGAGAAUUGUAAAUUUUUGUUUUUUACAAUUGAUUUUAUUGGUUGUGUCCAUUUUAUGAAUCUGAAAAGAUGGAAAAGAGUUCCAUCUUGACCUCAUCCCUUUUACGUGUACAUCUAAAAUACUUUUUGAUACUAUCAAAAAUAUGUUAAAUACUGUAUUAUUGAUGUUUUAACUUGAUGUAUGUAUUUAUGAUCAUAUAUUUUCAAAAGUCUACGUGGUACUUGUAUUCUUCAUUUUUAUAGAUCAAAUAUGUUUUGAAAAAAAUGUACGCCAAUGGAUAUAUAAGGCUCUUGAACCGAUAAUUAAAAUCAAGAUUGCAGUAAUUCCA